UCUCAUCGCGGCUCAGCGAGCUGAGAGGAGGAGGAUGAGCGCAAUUUAAAGCCAGGACCUGCAGCACCUCAUAUCCUUCAUUCAUCUCCUUUAAUUGAUCUCUAAUGCUCUCCCACCAUACUUAUAAUUUUUUUUUUCCUCAACAGAAACCCUUUUAAAUAUUUUGAUGCAUUUUUUAUAUUUUUUUUGUGGUUGAAUCUUGGGGGAGUAUGAGAGGCAGAUAUGAUGUGAGGAAUGUGGGACCAUGAAUUAUCAAUGCGCGCAGCUUUGUUCGUGUGACAGGCUCGCAUUAGGACAGUCUGCCAAACAGCUGAAUAACUGUUAACUUUCCUGCGCAUCUUCGACGUCUCCAGCCUCAGCAGCAGGUAGCCGACUUCUCGCGCAUGAGAGGCUGUAGGUGUGGAAGCAGGAUGUGGAGCAGGGAGAGCGCAUCUUCACUCCUCAUCUGCCUGCUGGUGCCCACAGCUCUCUGGGAAAGCAGAUCAGUGAAAGCCGACCAAGGACCUUAUGACCCAAAGGAAAACAUCACCCUGUUUACACGCAUCCUGGACAGACUGCUUGAUGGAUACGACAACCGUCUCCGGCCCGGUCUGGGAGACAGGGUAACCGAGGUGAAGACCAACAUCUUCGUCACCAGCUUUGGUCCGGUCUCAGACACCGACAUGGAGUACACCAUAGAUGUUUUCUUCCGGCAAAGCUGGAGGGACGAGAGGUUAACGUUUCAUGGACCAAUGAACAUUUUACCCCUGAACAACCUGAUGGCGAGUAAGAUCUGGACUCCAGAUACCUUCUUUCACAAUGGGAAAAAGUCUGUGGCGCAUAACAUGACCAUGCCCAAUAAGCUGCUGCGGAUCAAAGAUGACGGGACGCUGCUGUACACCAUGAGGUUAACAGUGCAUGCCGAGUGCCCAAUGCAUCUGGAGGAUUUCCCCAUGGACUUUCAUUCCUGUCCACUAAAAUUUGGCAGCUACGCCUACACAAUCUCAGAGGUGACUUACGCUUGGACUCGGAACGCUUCGGACUCGGUGGUGGUGGAGGAGGAGAGUUCCCGCCUGAACCAGUACGACCUGCUUGGUCAAACUGUUGGACAGGAAACCAUCAAAUCAAGCACAGGUGAAUACACAGUGAUGACAGCUCAUUUCCACCUAAAGAGGAAGAUUGGCUACUUUGUCAUUCAAACGUACCUCCCAUGCAUCAUGACAGUCAUCCUUUCCCAGGUGUCCUUCUGGCUAAACAGAGAAUCAGUGCCUGCUAGGACUGUGUUUGGCGUGACCACCGUUCUAACGAUGACUACUCUGAGCAUCAGCGCCAGGAACUCCCUGCCUAAGGUUGCCUACGCCACCGCCAUGGACUGGUUCAUCGCUGUCUGUUACGCCUUCGUGUUCUCCGCUCUGAUUGAGUUCGCAACAGUCAAUUACUUCACAAAGCGAGGCUGGGCCUGGGAUGGGAAGAGUGUAGUGAGUGAGAAGAAGAAAGAGAGGGCAUCUGUGAUGAAGAAGAAUAACGCCUACGCUGUAGCGGUAGCCAACUACGCCCCUAAUGUCAGCAAGGACUCCACCGCUCUCCCAACCAUCGCCAAAGGGGGCGCCUUGGACCCCGGUAAGCCCAGAGCGGACGGCAAGGCCCCGGAAGCCAAGAAGACGUUCAACAGCGUCAGCAAGAUUGACAGGUUGUCACGGAUUAUGUUCCCCGUUCUCUUUGGGACGUUCAACCUGGUCUACUGGGCCACCUACCUAAACAGAGAACCUGUUAUAAAGGAUAUGGUUCCGUCUAAUUAGAACCCUGCAUUAGACGGUCUGUGGAAGAGAUGAACCAAAUACCUCCAGCAACUGUGUACACGUACUUUUGCAGUCCUGGAUCGCAGCGUGAUCCUCUUUCUCCGCCCGUUUUCUACACCGUCUGCAGCACUUUUGAAAAGCCCAGCUUUUGUAAAUGUGUAUGUACAUUUAUAUAUUCAAGGUUCAUGGUGAUAAAUUGUGAAGUUACUUUGAAUCGAGUGCAUAUUUACUUAAGAUACUUCACACGGCCACUGUACAUAUAAAACAAAUGGAGAAAAAGAUUCUGAACAUUAACACAUGAAUUUUCUUUAUUAUUCUAAGUGUGCUCACCUAUGCUGGUAAAAUCCACCUUCUUGGUAUCACAGAUUUUUGGGGUUUUUUUUAACGAUGGGGGGCAUAAAAGUUAUUUAUUUAAUUUUUGUUCUGUCUGUAGAUAGAAAGCACACAUGUGCAAUACCGUUGUUUUAAAUGUAUUUUAUUUUCUGGGAUAGAAGGUUGGAGCCUGAACCAGAAUGACAGUAUCAACAAAAGAAGUAGUUGUGUGAGCAAUUUGUUUUUUCCUUUUAAACUGUUUUAUUUCACCGUAGCAUUUUUCCUCAAAAACAGACAAAAAAUAGGAAUUCUUCAAUGAAUGACCAACACUGGGAAGCUACAGAGGUUAAUCUGAUGGCAGAUAUUUUAGCAUUAGCAUCAAAGUUAAAGGCACACCAUGAACUUAAGAUAAUAAAAAGUGCUUGACACUAUCAGUGCUUCGAGUAUCUCCUCCCUUGAAACACCGACUAUGUGAGAUGAUGCACCGUCACUGGCCAGGUCAAUGUAUGGCUUUAUGGCCCCAGGCUCUUAUAUCGUCAUGGAGCUAAGCCUUUUGCUCUACUUUUUUUCCACCUGUUCGACUACUGGUCAUGGCUUAGGCAAGGAAAAAGUUCAAACCUUCUGAGGAGGUAAAGAAGUGAAAGGAAUUGUGCACGAGGAAAAAUAAGUGUCGAUCUUUGAAAGGAGUUUGUUGGUUGGCGCAGACUGAAAGAAGCCGCCGGAUGUAAAACCGAUUCUCUUUACUCAACUUUAUUAUGAGACCGUUAAGUCAACACUUUGCUCCUAGUAUACAGACAUGUAUCUUUAUUAUUUUCGAUGUUUAAUAGAAGCUAAAUGCAGGCAGUUACAGGUCUAGCGCCCCUAGUGGCCAAAAGUUACACGGUGUGCCUUUAAUAUUUGUUUGAUUGAGGUUUCAAGUUCAUUUUUUUCUCUGAUGGAUUGCCGUUCUAUCCCGUCCUACUUCCUUUUGUUCUUUUGUUUAGGUACUUU